AUGCCAGUGACGCCCGCAUGCACCGGUACUCUGGAGUCGGUCCACCACUCAGAGCGAAGGGAAGUCGAUGGAGAAAGUCAAUGUCUGGUUGGAGCGCCCGAAGCCGGCGGACACUGCGUUUGGACGGCCAAGCCAAGGCGUCUGGUCACUACGUGCACUGCACUGCUCGGCGGCUGUGGUUGUCUGCCGCCUGGGUCGCUGCUGGGCCUCUCUGCUGGGCCUGCGAUGUCGCCCCAGGACCAGACACCACCCGGCGCCCCACUGGUGCCAACUGCCAUGAUGAGAUCAGAGGCGCCCGCCAGGCCGUCCCGGACUCCCGCCAGCACACUGGAACCUGGAAUCCUCGGCAAGGCAAGGCUGCUGGCACCCAGCCAGCUUGCAACAAGUGCAGCUCAGGGGCCUCGUUCGGCCUCAUUCGGCGACUGGUGA